UCACAUACGUCAUCUACAUCUUCGUCUCCAGAACCCACAAGUCAUUGUCAUCAAGUACAACCAUCUGAGAAUAAUAAUGAUGAGGAUAAUGAGACAAAGCGCGUCAAAACACUUGAGGAAAAACGAGCCAUUCGCUUAGAACGAAACCGUAUCGCAGCUAAAGAGUGUCGCGAAAGAAAAAAAGCCUAUGUCUUAAAUUUAGAACGUAGAGCUACUCAAAUGGAAAAAGAGAAUUCGGUUUUACGUAAAAGAGUUCACGAAUUAAAAGCUCAAUUGGAAUGGGCUGAAUCAAAAACUGUUGGCCCUGUUGAAAAUGGCCAAUUAGAAGCUUUGGUAAGAGAAUUGAAAGAAAGGGUAAAAAAAAUGGAGAAUGGUGAGGAUUCUAAUAUUGUUUUUGGCAAGAUGGUUGGUCAAUUGUAG